AGUAAAUUAUCAAACUAACUGCAACCCAUAUUUCUUUGUUUAUAUUUACUUGAGAUUUAUGCGUGGUCGCAAUGGUCAUGUCAAUACAUUUCAAAUGAUUUUUGUCGUGUUUCAACUAAAAAAUUAAUUUUAUGACUUGUUUUAAAACUUAAAAAUUUGCAAUGGAGAAUCUGAGUAACAUUAGUUUUGAUACUCUUCAACAAAAUGUGUCUGAAAAUACCCUUAAAGCAGUCACUGACAUGGGAUUUGAACAGAUGACUGAGAUUCAAGCGAGAACAAUUCCUCAAUUACUUGAGGGCAGUGAUGCUGUAGUGUCUGCAAAAACAGGCAGUGGCAAAACUCUAGCAUUUCUUAUUCCUGCAAUUGAACUUUUAAAGAAGCUAGAUUUUACUGAAAGCCAAGGAACUGGUAUUUUAAUUAUAUCUCCUACACGAGAACUUUCAAUGCAAACAUAUGGAGUCCUUCAAGAAUUGGUAAAAUAUCACUCUUUCACUCAUGGACUUAUCAUGGGUGGAACAAGUAGGCAAUCAGAGGCUCAAAAAUUGUCCAAAGGAAUGAAUAUUUUAGUUGCUACACCUGGUAGACUUCUUGAUCAUUUAAAAAAUACCAAACAAUUUUUGUACAGAAAUUUAAAAUGUCUGAUAAUUGAUGAAGCUGACAGAAUCUUGGACAUUGGAUUUGAAGAGGAUAUGCGUAGAAUAAUUCAAACUCUUCCAAAAAAGAGACAAACACUCCUUUUUAGUGCUACCCUCACGAAGAAAACUAAUGAUUUGAUUAAUGUAGCUUUGAAAAAAGAUCCUCUUUAUAUUGGGGUUGAUGAAGUAGAAGAGAAAGCAACUGUUGAAGGCUUAAAACAGGGCUAUGUAGUUUGUUCAUCAGCUGAAAGGUUUCUUCUACUUUUUACAUUUUUAAAGAAGAAUAGAAAUAAGAAGAUGAUGGUGUUCUUCAGCUCUUGUUUAUCUGUCAAAUUCCACAAUGAACUGUUCAAUUACAUAGAUUUACCUACAGUUUGCAUUCACGGAAAACAGAAGCAAAGCAAAAGAACAUCAACUUUCUUCAACUUUUGUAAAGCAAAAUCUGGUAUUCUGCUAUGUACCGAUGUUGCGGCCAGGGGCUUAGACAUACCUGAAGUUGACUGGAUUGUGCAAUAUGAUCCACCAUCAGAUCCAAAGGAAUAUAUUCACAGAGUUGGUAGAACUGCUAGAGGUGAAAAUAAAAACGGACACGCUAUACUCAUACUUAGACCAGAGGAAUUAGGUUUUCUGAAGUAUUUGAAACAUGCAAGAGUUCCAAUUCAAGAGUAUGAUUUCUCAAAAUCAAAAAUUGCAAAUGUUCAGAAUCAGCUGGAAAAACUUAUUACAAAGAAUUACUUUCUUCAAAUGGCUGCAAGAGAUGCUUACAAAAGCUAUGUUUUAGCUUAUAAAUCUCAUCAUAUGAAAACUGUUUAUGAUGUGACAAAUCUAGAUCUAGCUGCUGUUGCGAAAUCAUUUGGACUCACUGUACCUCCUUUUGUUAAAACUUAAAGUUUUAAAUAAAUUAUAUUGUUUUUA